UCACUCUUCUAACGUUCGUAUUUCCCCCACACAGGGGGGAAACAAUCUCUUGUUAUGAUUAAGUGACAUGUUCCUCUGUUAAUUUCUUAAAACUCUCCACUUGAUGAGUUCCCUCUUUGUUUUCUUCCAGUUUGCCACUCUGUAGGUGGCUGCGAUUUGCCAUUUAUUUUCCCGGCUACCUUUGUUCUGUGCUUCCCAUUCUGCCUGGUCCCUCCUGCCCCAGGGGUUCCCCGGUGCUCCUCGUGUGGGUGACUUCACACCCGCUGCGGCUCGCUCCUCAAGCCCUCCCUAGUGGCAGACAACAAACCGCACUUUUCACUCCAAAAAUCUCCUUUAAAAAGAGCUAGCUCUUCAGUACUCUUGACAGCAUUUUGCCCGGCCGAAGGCACCUUGGCGCUUGCCCAGCGACACAGCCGCCCCGCCACUAGCUGCCGUACAACAUGGCGGCGCCCACCGCCCACUCGCACCGCCGGCACAGAGGAAGCGUCCGCCACUCUAAGGCUCCCGGUGUGUGUGGCGACUGCCCCGCGGGGCGUUCCUGCAGCCGGACGCAGCCGUUCCGCGGGACGCAGGCAGCGGGCGGAUCGGUUUUUAGUGGCGUGAUCAACAGCAGCAUUCAGUCUCCUCUUCCUGCCCAAUCCAUCGCUGCAGCUGUCUGUCCCCAGGCCCCCAGUCUACCAAAGUGGGAACCUUUUUUCUGCCAGGAUUACCAGCCAUGAUGAAAUCCCACAAUGCCGUUUUGAGAGGAUGAGGUGAAGGGGGAGAAAGGGCAAUAAAAAUGGCCAAGCAAACAGCCGUGACGAUUACUUUGGCGACCCUGCUGGGUGUUGCAUUGGGGGGCCUGGUGUUGUGGAAAGCGACCCAGCAUCGGAAAGGAAAAACACGCUGUCGUAGUCAGCAAGAGGAAGCAGCAGUAAAGUCAGGAGAUGAGAAACUCGUUAAGGCAGAGGAUAAGAAGGUGCUUUCCUUCUUCAGAUCUCCCACUUUCUUCUGGAUAGAGAGGACCCUUGGUGCAGACAUAGUGAUAGUUUCAGAGCAGGAGGAGUGGGAUCAUGUUGAACCAUUGCUGAAGACGGAGCUGGAGAAGUGGCCGGUUCUUGGAAUUGAUUGUGAGUGGGUAUCUGUGGAGGGAAAAGCAAAUCCUGUAUCCCUGUUACAGAUGGCUUCUUCCAGUGGCCUGUGCAUUCUUGUUCGGUUGCCCAGGCUUGUUGCCAGUGGCCAGACUCUUCCAAAGACCCUGGUGGACAUCAUGGCAGAUAGUGCUGUGUUGAAAGUUGGUGUAGGAUGCUGGGAAGAUGCUUGCAAAUUGCUUCAUGAUUAUGGUCUUCCAGUGAAAGGGAGCAUGGAUCUCCGGUAUUUAGCCAUGAGACAGAGGAAGGAUCUACUUCACAACUGCCUUAGCCUUAAGUCUUUAGCUGAAAAAGUCCUGAACUUCCCACUUGAGAAAUCUCCUCAUGUGCGUUGCAGCAACUGGGAAGCAGAAGAACUGACACAAGAUCAGGUUCUCUAUGCUGCUAGGGAUGCCCAGGUCUCAGUGGCUCUGUUCUUCCAUUUGCUGGGAUUUACCAGCCUCCCUGCUACAUCUGAAGGUGAAAACUCUGUCACUGCUUGGGAGAAAGCACGGGGUAAAUGCCAGGGUUUGGUGGAUAUCCCAUUUAGAGGAAGAAAGAGUGGCAGCACAGGAGAGGAGAAGAGUGGAGAGGGACGUUCCCCUCAGAAAACAAAGAAUCGGAAAUCUUGGGUGAAUGGCCAGCCCUCUGGCAAUCAGCAAAUGAGAGAUCCACGGAGGCAGAAGCGAAAGCCUCUGGGUGUGGGAUAUUCUGCAAGAAAAUCUCCACUGUAUGACAACUGCUUCCUGCAUGCACCAGAUGGACAGCCCCUGUGCACUUGUGAUCGCAAGAAGGCUCAGUGGUAUUUGGACAAGGGGAUUGGAGAGCUAGUUAGCACAGACCCUUUUGUUGUGAAGCUGCGUUUUGAGCCUUCAGGACGUCCCGAGUCCCAAGUUGAUUAUUAUCUGACAGUCAAAGAAAACCUCUGUGUUGUAUGUGGCAAGCGAGAAUCCUAUAUCCGGAAGAAUGUUGUUCCUCAUGAAUACAGAAGACACUUCCCCAUCCAGAUGAAGGACCACAACUCACAUGACGUGCUCCUACUCUGCACGUCCUGCCAUGCCAUCUCCAAUUACUAUGACAACCACCUGAAGCAGCAGCUGGCCCAGGAGUUUGGGGCUCCGAUCGGCUCCGAGGAAGGUGUGCGUCUCCUGGAGGACCCUCUGCGCAGGCAAGUGCGCUCGGGGGCGCGCGCCCUGCUGAACGCAGACAGCCUGCCCGAGCCCCGCAGGGCAGAGCUGCUGCAAGGCAUCAAGGACUUCUAUAACACUGACACUGUCACUCCAGAGAUGCUCCAGGCAGCAGCUGGUCUGGAAACCAGGAUCUGCAAUGAGAGCUACGUGCCACAUGGACUGAAGGUGGUGCAGUGUUGUGCAAAAGGAGGCCUGCGCUCUCUCAUGCAGCUGGAAAGACGCUGGAGGCAGCAUUUCUUGGACAGCAUGAAGCCCAAACACCUCCCAGAGCAAUGGUCAGUGGACCAUAACCAUGUGAAGUUGAUCCAGAAGUAUGGGGAGGAUCUUCAGAUCAAGCUGUCAUGAAACUAACUUCCUGGACUCUGGAUAGUGUCUGAUGGACAUGUGUAACUGAAGAUGGAAAGACUGUUUUUAUUUCUAUGUCUCCACUAACACCUGGGGCCUGGCUUUGCAAAAAGGCAGCAGUAGAUCUGCCAGAUUUGCCAGUUAAAGUUUAAUUUGGCAAUUUAUAGAAUUAAAUCCAUUGACUCGAACCUUCAGGUAGUUUGGAAGUUUAAUCCUAGUCUGUCACUUACUAGUUCAGGGCAAGAGUGAUUGAUAUUAAGGGAACUUGUCUUCUCAAAGUGACUAUGAAGAAUCUUUUUCUUGCUCCCAGGAUGUCUGAUGCCUCCAGACCAUCUCUCAUAAUAAAGUGAGUUCAGAGAAAGGCAACAAAAGCACAAUAGAUAAAAGUUUCUAGAUUUUUCUGGCAUACAUUUGUGCCCUUGGCUUUACCUUGAGGCCGGCAGUAGCAGGGAUGUCAUUCUUCCCCUGUACUCAGGACUGGUGAGGCUGCACCUUGAAUGCUGUGUCCAGUUCUGGCCCCUCAGUUUGGGAAGGACCUUGUGACACUUGAGCGUGUCCAGAGGAGGGAACAAGGCUGGUGAGGGGCUGGGAACACAAGCCCUGUGAAGAAUGACUGAGGGAGCUGGGGGUGGUUAGCCUGGAAAAGAGGAGACUCAGAGGUGACCUUACAACUUCUCUGCAACUUCCUGAAAGGUGAUUGUAGUCUGAUGGGGGUUGGUCUCUUUCUUCAGGCAGCAACUGACAGAGCAAGAGGUCACAGUCCUAAGCUGUGCCAAGGGAAAUGUAGGUUGGGUAUUAGGAAAAUGUUUUUUACAGAAAGGGUGAUAAAAUAUUGGAAUACUUUGCCUGGGGUGGUGGUAGAGUCACCAUCCCUGGAUAUGUUUAAAAAAAUUGAGGUGUUAGGGCUGGGUUGGAUGUGAUGAGCUUGAAGGUCUCUUCAACCUAGUGAUUCGGUGAGGGUCUUCUUGAUAAAAAUCUUUCUUUGUUUUCAGUGCAAUGGUAUUCAUAAGAGUUCUUUGUAGAGAAGACCCCUUGCCACAGAGAGAAAUUCCUUGUAUGGAAGAAGAAAAGAAGCUUUAUUUUUUUUCAGAUUCUGAGCUGUCCCAGCAUUGCAGAUAGGCCUCAGAAAGAUUCCUGGUGGCAGGUGCCUGAUGAGAAGUGACACUGGCAGUAUGGAAAUACCCAUGCCAAGUCUUUGGUUAAACAGCUUCCAGUAACACAGCGUUUAUAAGAAAUGUUUUUCCUAAUUCUGCUUGUUUGUCGCGAGUGCACUCACGCAUGCAGGGCUGUUACAGAGAUGGAGUGGCAUAACUCCUGUGACUGGAGUGUUGGAAUGGCAGGAUGGAGGCCCUUUGGGAAGAACAGGCCCUGGAGGCAAGGAGGAGAUGUCACCUUCUGUGUCAGUGAUUGGUUGGAGUGCAUGGAGCUCCAUCUGCAGUGCAUGGAGCUCAGCCUAGGGAUGGAGGAGGAGUCCAUCAAGAACUUACAGGUCAGGAUUAAAGGGAGGGCAGGGACAGGUGACAGAGGGGAUCUGCUACAGGUAACCCAGCCAGGAAGACUGAGUGGAUGAAGCCCUCUGUAGAUUUGAGCAACCUUGUGUUCACAAGGCUUAGUCUUCUUGGGGGACUUCAGCCAGCUCAUAUCUGUUGGAGAGGCAACACAGCAGGCCAUAAGCAAUUCAGAAGGUUCCUGGAAUGCGUUGAUUACUUUUCCAGAAAGCCACCUGCAUCAGGGGAUGCAUCAAAAGAGGCAUGACCAGCAGGUCAAGGGAGGUGAUUCAUCCCCUCUAUUCUGCUCUUGUGAGGCCACCUGGAGUACUGUGUCCAGCUCUGUGGCCCCCAGCAUAAUAGAGCAAGUCCAUAGGAGGACUACAAAGAUUAUCACAUGGCUGGAGCACCUCUCCUAUGACUUUUUACAAGAGCAUGUAGUGAUAGAGGUUAAUGGCUUUAAAGUGGAAGAGGCUAGGUUUAAAUUAGGUAUUGGGAAGAAAUUCUUUACUGUGAGGGUGUGAGGCACUGUAACAGCUGGCCAGAGAAGCUAUGGAUGCCUCAUCCCUGCAAGUGUUCAGAGCCAGGUUGGAUGGAGCUAUGAACAACCUGGUCUAGUGGAAGGUGUCCCAUUCCAGGACAGGGAUGUUGGAACUGGAUGUUCUUUAGAGGCCCUUCCAACCCAAACUAUUCGGUGACUCUUUGAAUAGCACUUGGUGAGUACCUUUUCAUAACAGACUGAAAUAAGGACAGGAGUCUUAAAAGGGAUGAGAAGAAACAAUUUAAAUUAAAGACCAGAAGCUUUUAAGAGAUCUGACCACACAUGGCAAAAAAUGGAAAAUCUGGCAUUCUGUACCUGGAUUUGACGUGUGGUGGUGAGCAGGUUAUACUCUCUUCAUGCCUGUUUCUCUGUCUCUAAAAUGGGACUAAUAAUGCUUAACUAUCUCACAAGGAUGUUGUGAGGCUUAAUUAAUUCAUGUUUUUGUAAAAUGCUUUGAAAAUAUAAGCUAGUGUGUGCUAAUUAUUGUUGUUUUUUAAGAUGUGCUGCUGUCUAACUUACUUAAAUAUUCACGUUUUUUGUCCUGUGCUAGACCUUAGUUAAAGAUAACUUUUUAAAAAUACACACUCCUUUCUGUACAAUCCCUUUUGAUGAUUUUGAUUGCAUGAUAUGAGUGUGUUUCUACUGAAUGAUGAAGCUAUGCUCAACUUUUAUACGCCUCUGUAAAGAAGUUUCAGUAAAACCCUUAUCUUCAC